AUGAUUGGCUCGACAUUUGGGCAUAAUGGCGGGUUGCCGCCUCCUCGGUAUAACCCCAAUGGAGGACCUGGUAUGUCCAGCAUGAACUCUGCCGGUGGAAUGCGUCGUUCAAGAUCAAGGGAUAGAGAAAGGUGGCGAGCCGGAGAAGGUAUGUCGAGAUCAGGCUCACAGUAUCAACGUGGCGGAUACGAAGAAGAGGCGUUUGAGCCGCAACAGAGAAGGAAAGCCGAUGGUGAUUCAACGAAUAAGGACUCCUCUUCUGGUCCAGCCGGAGGUUCUGGUUUGGCGCCUUAUUUGCCAGAAGGAAGAGACGUAAAAGGAGAUAGAGUUCAGAACGAAGACGACGAGGACGAGAACGAUGCUCAAAACGUCCUUGAGACAUUAAAUGGGAUGGAUUUUUUAGAGGUACUAGAUUCAUUUCUGCAUCCGUAGAUUUAGAUAAGUGUACUUGGAUGUAAAAAGGUGCCUUCCUAAUCCAUCUUAGUAGAGUUGCACGUGCUCACAUUUUUUGAAUAUAACUUGCAAAUUUCAACCAUACAUCUCUGUUCUACAGGAAAUCUCCGAUUCUUCUGGCGCCGAAGCUCAACUCGCUGAGCUCGAGGACAGGAUCAAACAAGAAGAGGAACGACGCGAAAAGUUUGCAGAACAGCACGACUACGAUGAGGGCCGACGCGAACAGGAGGACGAAGUUUUGAGAAUGCAGAUGCUCAGAAACACCGUUCUGUGUGAUUCAAGGCUGGAAGCUGUGGCAAAUACUGUGCUUACUGCAGAAACAAAGGAAGACUUAGCUAAUAUGGCAGAAGCUGUGAAGGGGGAUGGCGCAGGUAGGGCGUUGCUGGAGAAAGAGGCGGAACAAGAAGCGAAACGAGAACAGGCAGAGGACGAAGUCGACGCUGCUUCAUCAAGAAGCACCAGGAACAACAAAGUCCAACAUGAAGGCGAGGACGAACAAGUUGAUCAAAAGCCGCAAGCAUUUGCUCCCUUUAAGCCUAGAAGAGGGCCAAACAAGGUCGUCGAAAAGGACGAGUCAGAAGCUGGCAAGGAG